AUGGCUUUGAUCUACGCUUUUUUUUCUUUUUACGAUCUGGUUGAUCUGGCUUCAUCUUUUUAUGUCGAUCGUGUCGCUCUUUUCGUAGGAUUCGCUGUUUGUGACUGUGAUGCUCAAUUAUUAUAUGAUGUUUGGGAUACCCCAGAAGAAGAUGUCCGAACAUUGAAUGAUAAAUUUUUGGAUGCCGCCUCCCAAGUUAAGAAUGGAAAUCCUAUCACGCAAGUCUCAAAUAACGAUGAACCUGAUCCGAUUGAUCAAGAUUAA